GCUUCUGUCAGAGCUUCACAACAACACAGUUUUCUCAAGAACUUGGACAAGAACCUUCUGAGGAAUCAUGUCUCACGGCUGGGGUUACAGCACCCAUGAUGGUCCCACCAAAUGGGCCGACAACUUCCCCAUCGCCAACGGACCCCGGCAGUCUCCCAUCAACAUCGUUCCGAACCAGGCGCAGUACGACUCCUCUCUGAAACCCCUGAAGCUGAAGUACGACCCCGCCACCUCCAAGGACAUUCUCAACAACGGCCAUUCGUUCCAGGUCAACUUUGAGGAUGACGACGACAGAACAAUCCUGACGGGUGGACCCAUCACUGGUGUAUACAGACUGAAGCAGUUUCACUUUCACUGGGGCUCCAGCGACGACAAGGGGUCCGAGCACACGAUCAACGGCACCAAGUACCCCUGCGAGCUUCAUCUGGUGCACUGGAACACCAAGUAUGCCAACUUCGGCGAGGCGGUCAACAAGCCCGACGGUCUGGCGGUGGUGGGAAUUUUCCUGAAGAUCGGCUCUGCGAAUCCACGACUGCAGAAAGUGAUCGACGCCUUCGACAACAUCAAAGCCAAGAACCAGCAGACCACGUUUUCCAACUUUGACCCCAAGAACCUGCUGCCCGCCACUCUGCACUACUGGACGUACGAGGGUUCCCUCACCACGCCCCCUCUGCUUGAGAGCGUCACCUGGAUCGUCCUCAAAGACCCCAUCAGCGUCAGCCCUGUACAGAUGGACAAAUUCAGGAGUUUGCUGUUCAGCUCAGAUGAAGAGAGCCCUUGCUGCAUGAUGGACAACUACAGACCCCCUCAGCCCCUCAAAGGGCGCAAAGUGCGCUCCAACUUUAAGUAAAGCCCAGAACCUGUGCCCAUGCCUGCCCGCCGCCACCUGCCUGAACGCCUGCCCACCAAUCACAGUGCUCUCUUGAUUACUAAACGCUCCCUGUAAUGCUUUUACCACACGGGCAUUGUUUAUUUCUACAUUAUUCUAAGUUCUGAAAGGGUUUAUUUAAACUGACUUGUCUAAUUGGUUCAAAUAACUCAUUUUGUUAGUUCAAAGGAAUCUACUCAUUUGAAUUUGUUGGUAACUUAAAGUCUGAACGAACACAAGUGUGUGAAUCUAUUUGCUCUUUUGUUAAAAUGAACAGACUGAUUGAACAAACUAACUCAUUUUAAUUGAUUUUGAUGAAUAUGUGUGUGUUUUUAACUGAAGUAGUUGACUCCUUUGAACUGACUCAUUUGAAUCUGUCGGUUCUUUCCGAUUCAGAAAUAAAUAAAGUGCUUAGAAACUAAUUACUUACAUGAGAUGAGAUGUUUUACAUGUGCUUAAAUAAAUAACAUAUUUUAAAUUAUGAAGUAACAAAAAAUGUAUUUAUGUAAUUUAACGAAUUUGUUGUUUUGUUUUUUUGUUUACAUGAAUCGACUCACUUGAACGAGCUUAUUUUCCGUCUUUCAUGAUGAAUCGAUUCAUUUUACGUAGUUAAUAUUGUUCAUAUGCGUUUACUUGUUAAUUUCAUUAAUUAAAAGUUGUUUAAAUGUAUUAGCUGAGUUUUAUGCUUUCUGCAAAAAGAAUAAAAUGUGAAUUUAUAUCAGUUACUUGAUUUGUAUGUAAGAAGGAAUCAAGGUAAAUA